ACCUAUAAUUAUAUCAUAUACUCACGUUUGAGUGCAGUGUUCAAUAUUUCUUUGAAUUUUAUUUAAUAAAUUGCCAUUAGUACCUUAUCAAGGCUCCAAAAUAAACCAUUUAUAUGUUUUGACGGGUUAAAAGGCUUGAUUUGAAUGUCUUGGUCUGUCCAUUCUGCAAAGCCAUAUAGACUAUGCAUUAUUCAUAUAUUCUGUCUAGACAAGAUGGCAGCCACCAUGUGGACAGAAAUAAUUGAAAAUUACGUUCGUGGUGAACAAAAAGAAGGUGUCACAUCGAUUACUGCAGAAAUUACAAAUGGACAGCAAACUGUGGAGAAUUUUGUUGACAGCAUGGGGACAUACCUGAUGAGCACGGAAACCAGGAUCCGAGCCAAAGGAGUGGAGUUGAUGUCAGAAGUUCUGACAAGUCUACCAAGAGCAUUCUUAAACCAGCAGCAGAUCCAAGUACUGAUUGAGUUUCUCUGUGCUAGACUGCUAGACCAUCACUCAAUUACUCAACACACUCUCAAGGGAUUACUUGCAAUGAGUUCUCAGUCCAGUUUCCCUCCCAGCUCGUCGGUCCAGGUCAUGACGGCCAUCUUCAAGGAAGUCCAGGUCCAGACCAUGCUCCAGGUCGAUCGUAGGACAGUCUACAACAUUGUAGUUAACCUACUUAGGAUCAGCCUGACAGAGCUACAAGGCAUGGGGUCAGAGUUUGUUCUCGGGCUCCUGCAUGCUAUGGAUGGUGAGAAGGAUCCGCGAAACCUCAUCCUCUUAUUCAACAUUCUACCAACCGUCAUCAACAACUUCAAGAUAGACAUGUUCAUUGAAGAGACCUUUGAGGUUGUUGCCUGCUACUACCCUGUUGACUUCCAUCCUCCGCCCAACGAUCCGUACGGUAUCUCUAGAGAGAAACUGGCUCUAAGCCUCAAAACCUGUCUCUCCAGUACACCAAAAUUUGCACAGUUUUGUCUACCUAUGGUGAUGGAGAAGCUCAGCUCCGACUUGCAGACGGCACGUUUAGACUCCUACCAGCUGUUACAAGCAUGUGCACCGGUCUACAGUCAGGGUGAUAUGAUGUCUUACAUAGAAGCUAUCUGGUCAUAUUGCAGAAAAGAGUUAAUGGUAGGUGCCAGUGUAGAGUUGGACCAGGAGGCAGUGAAGACAUUGGGUGCCGUGGUGAAAGCCGUGUCCACCGGUAUUCAAUCAACAUCCAGUGGUGGUGGUGGAGAUGGAGAUUUGAAUUCAUUCCUCAGAAAUAUAUUAACAGAAUGCCGGCAGCACCUGUGCGAGCCAGACCAUCGUAUGAUCCACCCCUGCAGUAAGCUACUCGUUGCUGUAGCAACAGCAUCCUACCCAGCAUGCAUUGUAGUUCUCAAGUAUUCCGUUCCAAUCCUUCUAGAUCAGUUUCAUAUAUUUGACCAGACCAGAGAAAGAAUGGUCCUACUGGACAUCAUCCAGAGACUGCUCCACUCCGGCCACGAUCACAUCAAGGAAGCGGACGAUUGGAGAGCCAUCCAUGCCCACCACCUGGACACUGUAGUGACCACUGUCCUGUCUACUCUGGCCAAGGACCAGGGUGUGCCGGACCUCAGGAAGGCUGGACUAGGAACCCUAGGGGAACUGGUCCAGGUCCCGGUGCUCAUGGACCAGAGCAGGCUGGAGCUUGUAGGACAGGAACUAACCAGGAUUCUCCUGGAAGAAGCUAAUGUAGAUGUCAGGUGUGAAUGCAUUAAGACAGUAUCUUGCUUUGCCAGUAGACACACUGAGUUUGUCAAGUCAACAAUACUUACAACUUUAUGGACCACAGUACAAAAAGGAGAAUCAGGGUACCAAAGAAUAGUAGUUGACAUGGCAACCAUAGUAACAAAUACAUCUGAUGACCUCAGCAGGUCUCUGACUAGUGAGCUCAUGGUAGAAAUAGCCAAGACAGAAUUAAAUUCAGAGCAGCAUCUGGUGUAUCUUGCCACAUUAAACACCCUGACUGCCCACCUUUCCAGUACUCCUUCAAAUUUAGAGUCCCUCCUGUCAUCUGUUGUCCACCCUCUAAUGAAAAUGGUUGUGUCCGCUACACUGCAAUCCAGUGUUGAAGCCGGGAACAAUCCACACUGUUGCGGGGAGGUUCUGGUUGCAAUGGCUGAGGUCUUUAGAACGGUUGUUCCAAAAUUGGAUACAAGUAUGGGGAGUAAGUUAUGCCAGUGUGCUGUCGAUGUAUUUCUUCAUGGGAAUUUAACCAGUUUGGAGCUGACCAAUCCCAACACAUCAGUACCUUUCUCACCACUGGAUCCUCGUGCUCCAGUCCAUCAGACACAGCUUGUCACGGUACUCCAACCAAUUGUGUGCUCCCUCAGGAGAGAUAUCCACAUGCCAUCCUCCAAACAGCUGAUGUCAAGUCUACUUCACAUAGCAGCUCACAGCCGUGCAUGGCUGGCUAGUACAUGGGCUGCCAAGGGUCUGGCUGGAGUCGUCAAUAAACACCCAGCAGGUUCAGCUUUAGAUGAGGUCUUAGUAGAAGCAGAGGUCUUAGUAGAAGCAGAGAGUCUUCUGGGUCAAGCAAUGUCCAGCGGACAAGAAGGUCCAGUCAAACAGCAAGCCCUAAUGGCCUGGGUCUUGCUGACCAAGGCCCUCGUGAUGCGUUCCCACCCCAAGGCAACCACGUUCCUCACCACGCUUCUCAGACUUCUAGAGGAUGCAGAGCUUGGUGCUCAGGUCCCCCAGACCCUUGGCAUGCUCCUGGAGGACAUGGGGGAUGUGCUGAGUGAGGGACUCCACGCAGAUGUCAAGAUCAUGUACAAACAGCGCGUCUUCCUGCAGGCGCUGCCAUUCGUCAUGGCACUCUUCAACAAAGAUGACCUGCAGACAAGAGCCAUCACCGCCUUAUGCCACCUGCUCCCCAGCAUACCACGCCCCGUCCUGCUGGCCGAGCUACCCCCCAUCAUCCCCCGCCUGGUGCAGUCCCUGAGGGUAACGGACCCACGCCCCACCCUACCCAUCCUGGACAUCCUGGAGUCUCUUCUAGAGGAGACCCUGCCCUCCUUGGUGGACCAGGCUGACACCCUUCUACCAACCCUCCUGGAGCUGAGUGCCUACCAGGCUUCUAUGAAAGUGCGUAUAGCAUCGCUGAAGUGUGUUGGUGCUAUCACAUCUUUCCCACAUCAUCUAGUUUAUCCUCAUCAGGAGACGGUGGUCAGAUCGUUGGCUCCCAGGCUAGAUGAUAAGAAGAGACUUGUCAGACAGGAGGCUGGCAAAGCUAGAACAAAAUGGAUUCUUCUACAGCAAGAUACCAAGGGAUAGAACGAAAGUCUGAAGCAUGUUUGCAGUAGACAGGAGCCAUAACUCUGGAGAAGUCUUCACCUUCUGGAUUCUCAUCAGAAGAUGGUUGAACUAGUGUCAUGGAGUGGGAAACAUAUGCCAGCUUACAGACCCUGGAGCACACUGUCCUGGCGACCAUGCGUUGAGGAGAGGACAAAUCCAUGCCAUGAUUAAUUAACUAAACUGGUCUGUCCUUGCAAGUACAGUCAAACCUGCUUUAGUGACUACCUGUAUAGAAAGACCACCUGUCUGCAAAGACCACUUUUUUGUUACCCUUGAAAAGGGUUUCUCAUUGAAACAUGUACUAAAGGAACCUGUACAGAAAGACCACCUUCCGAUAAAACCAAUUUUCUUGUUUCCCUUGGGUGAUCUUUAUAGACAGGUUUCACUGUAUGUUCAAUUGACAGCUUCUGUAUCCAAGCCUCAAAGCUUGAACAGCCCAAGUAAUGCUAUCUCUCACAGGAAAGAGCUAAGACGAAAAAAUGACAGGCCAUUCUAAGAUGACUCCAUUCAAGCUGAGUCUGCAUGCAAGAUUUGUAAAUGUAGGUAGGGGCUGAUCUGGGAUUAUGUAAAGAAAGAAGUAAACAAGUGGUGGUGGAGAAGAGGAGGUACUAGUCAGAAAAAUCUCUAAUAAGGAAAUAAGAAAGAAUUUUUUUAGCAUUGUAAAGGAACUAAUGUAAAAUCUAAAGGUACUAAAAAUUCUUUGUCAGGCAAAAGAGCAAAAGGGUCAUCACAUUUCCAACACAAUGGGCACUAUUUUCUUUGUAUACUUACCGUAAUGUACUCUAGAUGUGUCAUAAAAGAUUGGGUUCCCAUAUUACAUAAAUAGGAAUUAAAACUAUUGAUUGGCAUGGUAUAUUGGGCUUCCGUGUGCCAACAGUUAUUAUCCUGAAGUCAGCAUCCAUUAUGAGUUUACAGAUGCCAGCUGUACUAGUUCGCCAUCAUCUAAAAUUAAAAGUUUUUAUCACCUGUCCAAACUUACCCGAAAGUUGUUUACAAGAUAAUUAUUUUGUUGCACAAUACCACUAAGUUGUAUAAAGACCAUAUUUUUGUGUACUAUUUACAUUAAUUUUUUUUGUCUUUGCACAUGAAUAGAUAUAUUGUACUUGUAUUGCUCUAUUAAAGAAAUGUAUAUAAUGUGA